CCGUUAAGGAAAAAAGAAAUUCGAUAAUUCAAAGAUCCACCACCAUACAAAUUACUAGUCCUUCCUUUUGUUUCAAUUUGGAUUGCUGAGCAUGAAAUCCAACUGCUGAGUAACACUACCAACACACGACGGCGACCAGAAAUCACAGAGCGGACAUGUCAGGAGGUGGCGGUGGUGGUGGAGGAAGAGGGGUAUAUUGGGGAAGAAAGCAAAGUGAAUUCAAAGGAAUUGCUGUGAUUUUCGGAUGGACUUCGAUUUCCAACAGUCAGCUGAAGAGCUACGUGGAUUUGUAUUCCUCUCUCCGAUGGAAUUCCCUCAUUUCUCAUUCCGAUUUUCUCACUGCGUUUUAUCCCAAUAGGGCAUUGUCAAUGGGAUAUGUUCUUACCAAAGAGCUUGUUGAGGAGCUCAGAAUUAGACCUUCUCCCGUCGUCUUUGUCUCGUUAUCUGGUGGUUCUAAAGCUUGCAUGUAUAAAGUUUUUCAGAUCAUUCAAGGGACAUGUGAAGGUCAAAUAAAUCUGGAUGAUAGCCGAUUGCUCAGAAGUUGUUUCUCUGGGCAUAUCUAUGACUCUAGCCCAGUUGAUUUUACAAGUGAUUUUGGUGCCCGAUUUGCUCUACACCCAACCAUUCAACAAAUGCCUGGGCCAUCGAAACUUGUGUCUUGGUUUGCCAAAGGUGUUGUGUCUGGUCUAGAUGGUUUAUAUCUUACAAGGUUUGAAUCCCAGCGCGCUGAGUAUUGGCAGACUCUGUAUUCUUCAGUGGAAUUUGGGGCUCCAUAUCUGAUUUUGUGCUCAGAUAGUGAUCACCUUGCUCCUUGUAGAAGUAUCUGCAGAUUUGCUCAACGUCUACAGGAUCUUGGGGGAGAUGUUAGGCUUGUGAAGUGGAAUGUUUCCCCUCAUAUUGGUCAUUACGAGCAUUAUCCAAUCCAGUAUAGGAGUGCUGUGACCAAUCUGCUUGACAUGGCGACCUCAGUCUUUUCUAAAAGAAUCCAGCAACUUAGAGAGGGAGUUGGCCUGGAUGGAUUACAUGACGAGAUAUCUGAGUUAAUUUGCAACCUCCAGGAUGCAGCAGUUAACUCAAACCAAAGCUUAAGAAGGGUUGCUAUUGAACCAGGUGACCACUUCUUUGUUCCAUCUUCAUCAGAAAAACCCAGUAAUAGAGAGUCCGAGCCUUUACAAGAUGAAAAGAAAGAAUUAUCUGUUUAUGUACCCACCUCCCCCGGCAUCAAUGCAAAUAGUCUUCUCGGGCAGAUUCUCUUUGAUGUCUGUGUCCCCAAGAAUGUUGAAGGUUGGGAUAUCAGAUUUGCAUGUUCUCUGAAGGGGCAGCCAAUUGCUUCUGCACGUCGGCACUCGCCUCAUAAUGGAGUGAAAAGUAUCCGCCGAUCCAAAUUGUAGCUCUAUGUAUUGAACCACUAGCUUUAGGCAUCAGAACAUAGAGAUAGUCUGUUGGACAGAUCAGGAAGUGUGGAUAUUUGUUUUGUCUGCAAUGACCGGUGAGAUAUCUCGUGCUCCUUGUUUCUGGGCCAUUUUCUGGCAUGAAGUGUAAAUGUAGAAGAACCAGAAGAGCAUAAUGAUGGCAUGUAUAUAUAUAUAGUGCUAAAAGCUGCUUCACAUAGAAUUGUGUUAUAUUUUGAAACAACUCGAGCAUUCAAUCCGAUCGAUUUCACCUGUCAGGAGUGUAUAAAGGAAGUCUCUGUCGUGUGAUGAUAGGAUGAGGAGCUGGGAGUAUAAAUGGUAUUAUUGUAUGUACAGUAUAGACCUCUUUUUCUGCAAGGACUCCGGUCAGAAGAUAAAUUAUUACUAUAUAUUAAUACAUAUCUGUUAAUCUGUGGUUUAAAUUGUAUUCCUUAUUUAGCCUAUAUUGCAAGAUGUUUAGAUUUGAUUUUUUUUA